GGAGCGUUAGCCUCUGGAGUCUCGGCCGAAGUCGCCUUCGUCUCCGUGCUCCUCGGCCGGAUCGGACCACAUCGGACCGGAUCGGACCAUAUCGGACCGGGAUCAAGGAAGCGGCGUCCGGCGCCCUCCCCCCCCCCCCCCCGCCCGCGUCCCGAGCCGGAACCCUCCGACCCAUCGGCCUCCAGGCGCGGGGGGCCUUGAAACCGCCGCUCCCGGCGCCUCAGCGCGCGGGGGAACGGGGACCCCGAAACCGCCGCUCCCCGGCCUCCGGGCGCGGGGGACCCUGAAACCGCCGCUCCCGGCGCCUCAGCGUGCGGGGGGGCCGCCCUGAAACCGCCGCUCCGCGGCCGCCGGGCCCGGGGGACCCCUUGGCCCUUGCCGAGGGCGCCAUGGCGGGGCUGCGGGUGCCAGGGGGGCGCCGCCCUGCCCCCACCCCGACCCCCCAUCUCCCCUUCCUCCUCCUCCUCCUCCUGCUGGGGAGUGUAGGCGGCGCCUCCGGCUGGAACCAGCCCGAGAAAAUCCUGCUGCGGGAGAUCCAGGCCCUCACCCUGCACCGAGGCCAGUUCACCAGCGCCCGCCGCAGCGCUCCGGUUCCCCAGCUGCAGUGCACCGGUGGCAGCGCGGGCUGCGCCGCCUACGUCCCCGACGUGGUGCAGUGCCACAAUAAAGGCUGGGACGGCUUCGACGUGCAGUGGGAGUGCAAGGCCGACCUGGACCAGGCGUACAGGUUUGGGAGGAUGGUCGUGAGCUGCGAGGGCUACGAUUACCCCGAAGACCCCUACGUGCUCAGAGGGUCCUGCGGUUUGGAGUAUAACCUGGAGCUGACCGAGCACGGCCAGAGGCAGAGGGGGAGCAGCAGAGGCGGCGGUUUCUCCUACUUCUCGAGCCGUUCUCAGAAAGUGGACAUGGCGGAGCCCUCCGGCGGGAACGGGCUAGUUGUUGUCGUGGUCCUGCUUGUCUUGGCCUACGGCAUCUACAAGCUAUUCCUCACCAGCCCCCGGGACCCUCCGCCGCCGUACUCAGACCACCCUGACACUCAUUGGCAGGACCAGCAAGGGUUCUCCCACCCGGGACCCCCGCCUCCGGGCUUCAAAACGCAUUUCACAGGAGUACCUAAUCCCGGUUUUGGGGGAACGACUGGUUUUGACCAUCCUUUCUCCGGACACCAAGGGAACAGGAACUCCGGGCCCGGGUUCUGGACUGGGCUGGGCACCGGAGGCGUGCUGGGAUACUUGUUUGGCGGCAGUCACAGAGCAAACCCUUUUUCAAACACGUGGGCCAGCCCUUCCUGCCCCCCACCACACUUCAACACGUGGAACAGUCCUCCUCCUCGUUCGCCUUGGGACAACUACUCUGGCUUUGCACCUCCAGAUCCAGGGACCAGAACAAGAACGGCUUCAGGAUUCGGCGGCACCAAGAGGAGAUGAGAAGCCCGGAGGGUGAAUAAAAACUCAUUGGAUGCAAAGCCCCGUAGUUCCAUCAUGUUCUCUGCAGAAUGGUGCAUCGUCUCGCUAGCCCCAUGAAAAGAAAGAAAAUUCCCAAGUUUG